GCCGGGCCGAACCCUAAGGGGCGGGACGGAGGCCUGUUCAAACCGGCGGCUGCGGCCCGGCCCGAGCGCCGGGGAGCGCGCCGGGAUGGUGAACCUGCUCCAAAUGAGGUGUGUGGCUGACCGGUCAGGUUGGAACUCUGGUAUUUGUAACGCUGAGGUUCUGCUAUACUAAUGUUACUGCUGAUUCUAGCAGCAUGUAUUAGUGGACUUCCUGGCGCGAUGCAAGCAAAUGAGUUUGACUCAUCUGAUGAAGAGCCUAUUCAAGAUGAUCAGACACCAUUUCAGAUAUCAUGGUUAGCCCUGUCGUCUCUCUAUUGUUCUCAGUUUCUGGGAGUAUGUUCUCUGCCAGGCUGUAGGUUCAAGGAUGUUAAAAGAAAUCUUCAGAAAGAUAUAGAAGAAUUAAAGAGGUAUGGGACACAGGAUAUAUUUGUGCUCUGUACCAGAGGAGAACUCUCAAAAUAUCGGGUGCCAAACCUACUAGACUCCUACCAGCAGCACGGGAUUAUUGUGCACCAUCAUCCUAUUCCUGAUGGAGACACUCCUGACAUCACCAACUGCUGUACCAUUCUGGAAGAACUAAGGGGCUGUCUGGAAAGCAACCGGAAAACAUUAAUACACUGUUACGGAGGACUUGGACGUUCAUGUCUCACUGCAUGUCUUCUGCUUCAAUUAUCUGAUGCAAUGGAACCCCAAGAGGCAAUAGAGAGCCUCCGAGACUUAAGAGGAUCUGGGGCAAUACAGACAAUAAAGCAAUACAACUAUCUCCAUGACUUUCGAGAGAACCUGGCUGCACAUCUGUCAACAAAAGAUGCAAUAUUAAGAUCAGUAUCACGAUAAAACUAAUAUUAGCAUUAUGGUAUAUCUAUUUUGUGUACAUAUGGUACUUCGGCUGAGUACAAGUUCUACGUAAAAAGACAUUGCUCACCUACAUGACCUUUUAAUACCACUUUAUUAGUCACUCCUUCUAGCAAAGUAUUAUCCUAACACCCAGUCUCUCUACUGUAAAUAGAUACAAGACUGAUGCUAGAAAGGGUCUUGUGAGCUAUAGUAAAUCCUGCAUUACAAACUUCCAAGGAAUAAUUUCUAAGUUCAUACUCUACAAGUAUUUCCACACAUGAAGGAAGAAAUGCUAUGCUGGUGUCCCCGCCAUUUCUAAUGGACUUGUUUUAGUACAGUAACUUCAGCAGUUCACUGCUGAUGCAUUAAUUCCCUUCAUCAAGUAUGUCCUUACCAGUAUACAAGUUUCAACAUGCUGAACUAGUAUUUUGGUUUUUAAAUUUUGUCGUUUUCUGUAUGUUGCAUUUUAGGUAUUUACGCAAUGGAGGGUAUUACCGGGGAUCUCAAAUAAGAAAUAAAGCUAAUGCAUUAUC